AUGAAGGGGGUCGAGGAGAAACGGUUGGCCCAAACGCUAGAGGCAGAACUCAAACGUCACCAAAGGGAGGAGGCUAAGCCUGCUCAGGCUGAGAAGAGAAGGAGAGAGGAAGUAGAACCAAAGGAACUUUGCGCAUUAUUUGGACUCAUCACGACAGAGCUCAUGCUUGCACAGAUCAUGAUAGUCAACGUGGUAGCAAUAAACAUCUUCGCCAUGAUGUUCUUUAACACCAAAAUCUCCUUUGGCAAGUUUGAUAGCGGCAUACUUCUGUGGUCCUUUGGUGUUCCCUUCAUCGGCGCGUUGAUUGCAGCACUGCUUGAGCAGUUCGGACCAAUGGGAAUUAUUUGCUGUUUCGAUGCUGUCAAUGGCCAGGUUGGCAGUUUGGUCCUAAUUACGAUCCCCAUAGCAGCAAUAAUGCUUGCCAACGUGUUGCUCUACAUUCUGACGUUCAUCAAAAUCCGUAUUGAAGUGAUUGCUGCGAGAGAAAGUCUCGGCAAAAUGACGUCAACAGCUUAUAGGCAUAUUAGGGCCGCUCGCAAUAUGUCUAUGUUUGUGGCGUCUCUCUUCGUCCAAUGGUCCUUCAUUGUUGUGGUCGGCAUCUGGAACAUGUUUGUAGACAAUUCGGCAGAGGUACCGGUAUUUCUCAACUUCUUCAUUAUGGUGUUGACCAACAGUGGCGGUGUUUUUAAUUUGAUCGUUUACCUGGCGGUAUUUAAGGAAAAAAAACCUAUGUCCAAGAUGGCCACAGAUAUGGAAUCGCGAAAAACACACUCGGUGGGCGACAGCAACAGAAGUCCCGCUUACGGCUCAGGGCAAGGCACUGAGGAAUUCGAAUUUAACUAA